CUUAGCGCAGGGCGCUAUUUUCGGCACCACACCACUUCCUGCUGCUGCGUCUCUCCGCUGCCUCGCUCGUACCAGCAGCUCCACGCAUGCGAACUAGUUCUCUCUUAGCGUAGGAACACACCAGCCCGUGACCCAUUAUGGCAGACGAUGACUUCUCCACUGCAGAUGCAGGAGCCUCUGCAACAUACCCGCAGCAGUGCUCCGCACUGAGGAAGAAUGGCUUUGUCAUGCUGAAAGGACGUCCCUGUAAGAUAGUUGAAAUGACUACCUCCAAGACUGGCAAGCAUGGACAUGCCAAGGUGCACCUUACUGGACUUGACAUCUUUACUCAGAAGAAGUAUGAAGAUAUCUGCCCAUCUACCCAUAACAUGGAUGUACCAAAUGUGACAAGGAAAGACUAUCAGAUAAUUGAUGUCUCAGAUGGUUUCUUGGCCCUGAUGGACGACAAUGGAGAAACCAGAGAGGAUCUGAAAGUGCCAGAUGGAGACAUGGGCAAAGAAAUUGACAGGAAGUUCAGUGGUGGAGAACAGUUCAUGGUGUCUGUGCUAAAAGCUGUCGAUGAAGAGCAUGUAGUUGGCACCAAGAACAUGACCUCUUAAUUAGCCCAGGACCAUGCUGGAGACCUGGACCUCCUGGUCUCCUCUGUGGUUUUGAAGCCUCACCAAAGCUACUGGCCUCCCUUCCCCACACACACACCUGCACAAGUGUCCAUGCAGUCUGCUGAAAUCUGGACACUGGACUUGGUCAGCUUCAACUUUACCUCAGGCUCAGGCCAGAAUGGUAUUCCCCCUCAGUUAGUUAAGUUGUCCUCACAUAGCCAUCGCAGCAUCAUUUUGCACUCUGCACUGGUGUUAUUCCAGGAAUUCCUGACCAUGUUCCAGAAAUACAUAACAUUCCUACUGCAGUGUAAAGAUACACUUCUUCUGGAUGCAUUUCUUUCAAAAUAUUCCUUUUGGAUGGAACAUGGAGUUUUCAUUGUCUACACAGUUUAGAAGGUGUAGCUGAAUCACAUGCUCCUUUAAAACUCUCUUAAAUUGAUUUUUAUCUCUAGUAUGCCUCUUCACCUCAAGCAUGUAACUACUUUACUGAAACCUAGCUCAGAGAACCCAUAAAUAUCACUUUAUUAGUAGCUGGAUUACGACUCACGACAUCCAUAUGCACAGAUGCGUUACAUACACAUGCCUUAGCAGCUAUGUAUUUAUGUAGACAGUCAAAUUUUAUUUACUCUGCACUUCAGAACGCAGAUGCGCUAGGCAGGGUCUCUCCUGCAUGUGUCCAGGCCUCAAGGUCGGCCUUCUCAGUGGACGAGCCGCCGUCUCAGCAGCCGAGCAGGCUGGACAGAGACGGCUGGGUGGGGCCGUUUCUCCUCUAUGCUAUUAAAGCUUUCCUUUCACUUGAGGCCUUUAAUGAGCUGACAAAUAUAUAUAGAAAGUUAUUUUGAAAGAACAAAACAUUGAAAACCUUCACAUUACGGGCUUGAACCUUUUUUUUUAAAUCUUUUUUCCCUUUUUUUUUUUUUUUUUUACAGGUAAACUUAGUUUGAAAUAAAAAAAACAAUAAAAAAGAUUGGCAUCAGAGUUCUCCAGAUAUGGGUUUAUUUUAACAAAUAGUGUAAACAAACCACUUUGAUAUUUGUUUGGAGUAUCCAGUAUUAAGAGUACUUACUGGGAAAGUAGAUCAGUGUUAUUAUUAUUACCUUUUCUGUGGUUUGCAGUAGAAAUUUAGUGGGAGUAGACUUGAAUUCACAUGCACUGCAAUCUUGUGGUUGUAUGUUUCAGCAAGUAAACCUCCCCUUCCUCAAAGUUAAAGACCAAUAAGGAUCCUAUUAAUUGUUUUAACGAUUUAUUUGAAAUGUUACAGUCAAAAGUAAUUUUUUUUUUUUAUUUACUUUCUGUGAUCUGAUUUGGAUACAGUGAAAAAGCCAGUCAUUUUUAGAAUGAACAGCUGCUCUUUUUAGUAGUGGAAGUUACACAGUUGGACUCUUGGGAAAGUUAUCUUCUGGAUAUCGGUCAAAAGUUUGCACGAGAAUGAAUAAAAGCAAUACAUAGCAUGUUUCAAGUUUUUGGUAAUGAAAAUCAAACCCUGUUAGAAGCUGAAACAAGCUUAUAAAUUAAGAAAACUGGUUUCUGUAGCAGGAACCCCUUAAUCCCUUACAACCGGUAAGGAAAAUGUUUACAUGAUGUUUAUGACAUCAGGUUAUUCAUAAAAAAAAUAUAUAUAACAUAAUGAUCAGUUUUUCUAAAAGGAAUUAUCAGAAGUUCAAACAACCCUUGGUCUAUUAAUAGAUAUUAAGGAGCGUAAACUUCUGUUAAGCAGCAAAAUAACACAAUUUGAAGCGGUUUUGAGAACGGAGUUUGUUCUCCCAGCAAAAUGUCAAUUAAUGUCAACACUUAUCUCAUGGGACUCGAACGUCACUCCACCUUUUGUGAUAGUUGAUUCGGUUAAUGCGGACAAACCAGAGUAAAUUUAACCGUGUAAAUAUACAGAAGGUGUAUUGAAAAAACUGCUUGUACAGACGCAUCCUUCCUCCGCCUUGUUACAAGUCUAUACGUCGACUACUGAAUAUUGAGCAAACUACUUUGGACGGACACAAGAGGAGGGUAGUUCACGGCCUCUGCUUCGCGCACUUAAACAUGCAUUUCAAACUACACAGUAGCUAGAAAACGGAGGCCAUUAACUCUCCCCCUCUUGUGUUUGUCGAUAGUAGUUAGCUCGACAUUCGGUAAUCGAAUUGUAACAAGGAGGUGGUGACUGGAAGGAUGUGCCAGUACAAACAGCCCUUUUUCUGCACUUUCUGUACACUUGCGGAGGUGAAAAGACCUUAGAUUUGCCCUAGAGACCACACCAUAACUGAAGAGAAAUUACAUUUUUGAUUCUUGCCGCAGGUAUAAAGUAACAAGUUAUUUUGAUGUAGGUUGAUUGCCCCAAGUGCUAACAUUAAUUGAUAUUUUGUUGUAAACACGUAUUCCGUUUUAAUUAAAAACUGCUUCAAUUCACAUCAUUUCAGUCCCAAAUGAAAGUUUACACCCCUUACCGUCUGACAAUAGAUCUAAAUUUGUUUUAACUCCGGAAUGUUUCUUUAAAUGUUUGUCGCAGUGAUUGUAAUAUUUACAUUUGAAGGUAUUGUGUUCAGCUUUCACGUUUUUAAAACAGCAGCCGGUCUGUAAUUUGAAUUUCUUUCUUUUUUUCUUUUUUUUUUUUAGGACAUCACUCCAUUUAAAGUAUUUUUUUCACCCGAUCAAUAUACCCAGGUAGUCUGAUGUUGUCUUGAAAUGCGUUUGUCAUCAUUCCGAUCCUGUUCAGUGGGGUGUUUUCCCAGACUGAUGUAACAUAGGAAGUGGCUUUCAGCUCUUUAGGAACAAACUUUCCAGCGACAGUAAGCACUCUGGGCGAUCAGAGGUGGAAGCCACACACUAGACGACUUAAAGCCUUAGUUCGAUUUCAUAAGCACAUACAUCCUCACAGUGCUCACGUUAGUCCUGUGAAGAGCAGAUUUAUUCUGCGACAUUCUGCCUCAUUAAACACAAUUAACUGUGGAUUAUAGAAUCUAGAUAUUUAAUUAGUAAUGCAGGGUUAAAAUAAUUAGGUUUUUCUGUUUAACUGUUCUCCUGGUUUCUCUGUCAUCCUCGCAGACGUGGUGUCUUCCUUCAGCCACAUUUGGGUUCAGUCACGUGUACAGUGGACACAUGCUGACACGGGUAACAGGACUGUUUUCCGAUUGUCAUUAAGGCAUAUUUACCCUAAGGAAACAGCCCUGUCUUUUUCUUUUAAGGGCUGAUCUACGAUCAGGAUCUUCUAAGGUGGUGUAAAGGGGGCAGAUUUUCAUAAGGGCUCUAAUUUGAGUGUUCAGAAGUAAUUUACUUGGAACGGUGUCAUCAGUUAUAAUAAUAAAUGAAUAUUUGCACUUUUUUUUUUUUGGACAUUUGACACAAUCCUCUUAAAGACAGUGUAUGUAGCACUGCCACUUCUGGCCAGAUGGGGGCGUAAAGCUCUGCUGUUUGGGAUGUUGCCUCAGGUCUUGUGGUACCACUUUCUCCAAUUAUGGCGCUUUUCCACUAGUACCUACUCAGCACGGCUCGGCUCCCCUCCACUCGGUUUGGCGCUUUUCCACUAGGGGUCUAACGUGCUGGGUAGAUACUUUUCUGUAACUAUUCUGCCGAGGUUCUAAGCGGCUGAGUCGGGCUGUAUCUGACGUCAUCACACUACAGGCCACCGAUUGGUCGGGGGGUUGGAGUCAGACGUCUGAGUUCGGAGGCAGAAAUCAGCGAAAGAGCGACACUGACAGCAUCUUCCUGAUCAUUUUAUUCGACCAGCAAUGGCAGCAUACGUCUGUUUGGUAAUCCAACUCUGAGGUUCAGAUGUUCAUGAACCUGGUGGCUGAGGAGAGAAUUAAAAAGGGAUCUAGACGGGCGAUAAGGAACAACAAGAUCCACCAGGAGCUCUGUCACGUCAUAGCUGCUUGCAGCUCCGAGCUGACUUUUCAGCAGCGCUGAGACAAACAAAAGCUGAGUAGGUACUAGUGGAAAAGUGCCAUUGUACGCCAGAAGCUGCCGUUAACUUGGUUGUGACACACCGCCCCCAGGUGUACAGAUGUGGUAUUGCCACAGAGUGGCUUUAAAAACACUGCUUUAUAUUUUCUUUCGCUUUUUAAUUGGGUUUACUUUUUUAUGUUUAUAACACCAAUGUAUGGAGUGAGAAAUAAACUACAUGCUAUACUAUGUUCUUGUUUACAGUGUACUGGAGGAAGUGGGUUUUAGGGCAUUUUCUAUGCUUCGCACAGGUCUCUUUCUCCAUUUGUUGUUUCCAGGGAAAUGUCACCUUUAGCCUCCUUUUCUGGAAUGUAAAAUUAUAUGGACACUUCUUUCCUCUAUUCUUUCUAAUGUAUGGCUACCGUCUUAAAAAUAACAAAGGUCUUUUUGUUUUGUGUUUUGCAAAAUAAAGUUCAUUCAUAUGCAGUCGCCUACAAGAA